AUGGCGAGCACGAACGUCCUCACGGUUUUGCUCAAGUAUGCCUCGCUUUCGGUCACCAUUGCUGUGGCCUUAUACGCGACGCUAUUGGGCCUCCUGACUACGGAAACCGUUCAAUCUCAUGUGGUGUACUUACACGCCAUCCAACUGACAUGGUUGAAGGAUCUGAAUGUCCCGGAGAGCUUUGGCUUCCUGCGAAACCAAGUCACCCCUUUCACGAUCGCCACUCCUGACGGCGAGCAGCUGUACGCCUGGCACAUCCUGCCUGUAGAAUUGUACCGCCAAAAUGAGCAACUUCUGGUCGCAGAGCCCGCGGAAUUCGUCUCCAAUAUUAGUGACCGGCUCUCUUUCCAACUCCUGCGGGACGAUCCCGAUGCGCGCUUGGUUCUGCACAUGCAUGGUGCGGGAGGCACUGUGGGAUUAGGGUACCGCGUGUCCAAUUACCGGGCGCUGUCCGCUGGCCAGCCGGAGAAAAUUCAUGUCCUGACCUUUGAUUAUCGAGGAUUCGGGCGCAGCACCGGUAAGCCAUCCGAGACGGGACUAAUUACGGAUGCCCGUGCGGUGGUUCACUGGGCCAUGACGGUUGCUGGCAUUCCUCCCUCCCGCAUUGUCAUAUUCGGCCAGUCCAUGGGGACCGCUGUAAGCAUCGCGAUCACCCGCGACCUCGCCGUCAAAUCAAACCCCGUGUCCUUUGCUGGAGUUAUCCUGGUGGCCCCUUUCGUCGAUGUCUCCACUUUGGUUGCGACUUAUCGGAUAGCAGGCCUCAUUCCCAUCCUGUCCCCCCUUCUGCGCUUCCCCUGGCUCUUUACAUCUCUCCAAAGCUUCAUCCGGGACAAAUGGGCAAGCAAUGAUCGUAUUGCUGACUACGUGCGCUUCAACGAAGUCAAUGGAGAGAGGUACCACAUUACCAUAAUUCAUGCAGAAGACGACUACGACAUCCCCUGGCACCACACCCAAGCCCUAUUCUCCCAUGCAGUCCGCAAUUCUGUACCUGGAGGUAUCGACAACGAAGAAGUCGAGCAAAGAAAGCAAGACCUCCAGGUAGAUCUUGGUGCGGCUGGAACCGCCAUAGAAUGGACGACCCAGCAUGGGGUCAUUCGGCAGCAAAUCCUGAAGACUGGCUUGCAUGAUGCUAUCAUGGGAUAUCCUGUUAUUACCAUGGCAGUUAUGCGUGCUUUUGACGCAGCAGGUCCAGCCUUGACACGUCCACUGCCUGAGCAAUGA